AUGACUAGUCGGUAGCCAGUAGCCACGGCAGACAAACAGACACAAAAAUCACACUGAGUCCUGAGUCCUGACCGAAGAACACACCUUACGCGCGCAAAGGUUUGAUGAAAAUCCGGAGUUGAAUUGCACAUGUACAGAUUAACAAUGAAAGCAAUUGCGGGUUCACUUUCACUGUCUUUUCCAAGAUGGCGACCGCUUGUUCUUCUUCUUCCUUCUUCAUUCUGCAAUUACUCCUUUUUCCGUUCUUAUUCAUUUACCUUAAAAGGGCAGGGUAAUCAAAUAUGUUGUUUCAAAGAAAGAGAAACUCUGAAGAGAACAACAAAGAAAAGUAAAAAUGCUAAAGAAUGGAGAAAUGUUUUGGACGACAAAGACAUUCCCCACAUUUUAUGGUGGAAAGAGAAAUUACAAUCAUGCAAAAAAUUUUCAACAAUUCAACUUAUUAGGAGACUUGUCUACUCCAAUUUGCUUGGGUUGGAUGUUAACUUGAAAAAUGGAAGUGUAAAAGAAGGAAAUCUCAACUAUGAAGUGCUGCAGUUUAAGUCAAGGUUCCCACGUGAAGUUUUGCUAUGCAGAGUUGGGGACUUCUAUGAGGCCAUUGGUAUAGAUGCUUGUAUUCUUGUAGAAUAUGCUGGCUUAAAUCCAUUUGGUGGCUUGCGCUCUGAUAGUGUUCCAAGGGCUGGCUGCCCUGUGGUGAAUUUGCAACAAACAUUGGAUGACCUGACGCGUAAUGGCUAUUCUGUUUGUAUAGUUGAAGAAGUGCAGGGUCCAACUCAAGCUCGUUCUCGGAAAGGUCGUUUUAUAUCUGGGCAUGCACAUCCUGGGAGCCCAUAUGUAUAUGGACAUGUUGGGGUUGAUCGUGACCUUGACUUUCCUGAACCAAUGCCUGUUGUUGGGGUGUCUCGUUCUGCUAAAGGCUAUUCUUUACUCUCAAUCUUGGAGACUCUGAAGACAUUCUCUGUUGAGGAGGGUUUGACUGAAGAAGCCUUAGUAACGAAGCUUCGCACAUGCCGUUGUCAUUAUUUGUUUCUCCACAAAUCAUUAAAACACAAUUCUUCAGGAACUUGUCGCUGGGGGGAAUUUGGUGAGGGAGGUUUACUAUGGGCAGAAUGCACUUCCCGACACUUUGAAUGGUUUGACGGUGACCCUGUUGAAGAGCUUUUGCUCAAGGUUAAGGAACUCUAUGGUCUUGACGAUGUAGUUGAAUUUAGGAAUAUAGCCGUUCAUUCAGAAUGUAGGCCACGUCCUUUACAUCUUGGAACUGCCACACAGAUUGGUGCUAUACCUACAGAGGGAAUACCUUGUUUGAUCAAUGUAUUGCUUCCAUCAAAUUGCACUGGUUUGCCCCAAUCGUAUAUCAGAGAUCUUCUGCUCAAUCCUCCAUCUUAUGCUGUAGCAGCUACAAUUCAAGAGAUAUGCAAACACAUGAGCCGCUUGACAUGCUCAAUUCCGGAUUUCACAUGUGUAUCGUCUGCAAAGCUUGUCAAGCUACUAGAGCUUAGGGAGGCCAAUCAUAUUGAGUUCCGCCGAAUAAAGAAUGUUGCUGAAGAAAUAUUGCAGAUGCAUGAUAAUCCUGAGCUAUGCAAGAUCCUUAAGCUGUUGAUGGAUCCUACUUCUGUAGCAACUGGAUUGAAUCUUGAACUUGACACACUUGUAAACGAUUGUGAGUGGUUGUCAUAUAGAAUUGGUGAUCUUCUUUCAUUAGAUGAUGAAACUGAGCAACAAAUAAGUUCUUUCCCUCAUAUUCCUAGCGAUUUUUUCGAAGAUAUUGAAUCUUUUUGGAAAGGGCGUGUGAGAAGAAAGCAUAUGGAAGAUUUGUAUGAAAAAGUUGUGAAGGCAGCCAAGGCCCUUCAUAUGGCGGUUUCUGAGGAUUUCCUCCCGAUCAUUUCAAGGAUCAGAGCAUCUAUAGCACCACUUGGGGGUCCAAAGGGUGAAAUUCUUUAUGCUCGAGAACAUGAAGCUGUUUGGUUUAAAGGAAAACGGUUUGCACCAUCAGUAUGGGCUGGGACUCCAGGGGAAAAAGAAAUUAAAGAGCUGAAACCGGCAUUGGAUUCAAAAGGAAAGAAAGUCAGUGAAGAAUGGUUUACCACAGCAAAAGUUGAAAAUGCAUUGAUGAGGUACCAUGAAGCUAAUGAAAAAGCUAGGGGCAAAGUUCUUGAACUGCUGAGGGAUUUGUCUGCCGAAUUACAAUCUAAAAUAAACGUUCUUGUGUUUGCCUCCAUGAUGCUUGUUAUUGCAAAGGCGCUGUUUUCUCAUGUGAGUGAAGGGAGGAGGAGGAAAUGGGUCUUCCCCACUCUAGUGGAACUCAGUAGGACUCAGAAUGGAAUGCUAGACGGUGAACCCAUAAGCAUGGAGAUAACUGGUCUAUCCCCGUAUUGGUUUGAUAUAGCUAAAGGUAGCGCAGUGUGCAACUCAGUCAGCAUGCAAUCGCUUUUUCUUCUAACAGGACCAAAUGGAGGUGGUAAAUCAAGUUUGCUGAGAUCCGUCUGUGCUGCUGCUUUGCUCGGAACGUGUGGUUUUAUGGUUCCUGCCGAAUCUGCUUCAAUCCCCCAUUUUGAUGCUAUAAUUCUUCACAUGAAAUCCUAUGAUAGCCCUGUUGAUGGGAAGAGUUCUUUUCAGAUAGAAAUGUCAGAGAUUCGUUCAUUAUUAUCUGCAAUGACUUCAAGAAGUCUUGUUCUCAUUGAUGAAAUCUGCCGAGGAACAGAAACUGAGAAGGGAACUUGUAUUGCUGGCAGUAUUGUAGAAACUCUGGAUGCAAUUGGCUGUUUGGGUAUAGUAUCUACUCACUUGCACGGAAUCUUUGAUUUGCCGCUUAGAAGAACUAAAACAGUAAAUAAAGCAAUGAGCGCAGAAUUUGUUGAUGGUCAAACCGUACCAACUUGGAAAUUGGUCGAUGGAAUUUGUAAAGAGAGCCUUGCAUUUGAAACUGCUCAACGAGAAGGCGUACCAGAAUCUCUAAUUGAACGAGCCCAACAGUUGUAUUCUUCCGUAUACGCAAAUAAGCUGCAGUUGAAAGAGAUGAGACAUCAUUUUUGUGAUUCUAAUUCAGAUGUAAAUUUAACUACAGAAGCUCACAGUGGCUUAAGUACCGUCUUUUAUAAUAAAAGCUUUAGUACCCAAAUCGAUACGUUCAGGAAGGACGUUCUUGCUGCUGUUACCACCAUAUGCCAGAAGAAGCUGAAUGAUCUCUGUAAAGUGGAAAAUGCUCCUCAAUUCUCGGAGAUCAAUUGCAUAUUCAUCGCUGCUAGAGAACAGCCACCUCCAUCAACUAUAGGUGCUUCAAGUGUUUAUGUUAUGCUACGCCCUGACAACAAAUUAUAUGUUGGAGAGACUGAUGAUCUCCAAGGAAGAGUCCAAGCACAUCGAUCAAUGGAGGGUAUGAAGACUGCCGCAUUCAUUUCCUUUGUAGUCCACGGGAAGAGUAUAGCUUGCCAGCUUGAGACGCUUCUCAUUAAUCAGCUUCCUAAACGAGGAUUCCGGCUCGCUAAUAUUGCUGAUGGUAAUCACCGAAAUUUUGGUACAUCUGAUUUCAUCUUAGAACCAGUAACCGUUUGUAAAUGAUUCUGUAACUUCCGCUUCUGGAUUUCGUACGAAGGAAUCAUCAUCCACAUAGUUCUAGGGAUUAAGGUAAUGUAUCUCGGUCGUUCGUUGAAUUAGGUACUCUAGAUUGUAAUUGUGUGGUAGGAAAUGGGAAAUGUAAAUUUGUGAUGAUAAUUCAUAACUGACUUGUGGUUGCAACAAUUUUGUUUUAAGUUGCUCCACCAGCAGUUUCUUGAAAUCUCCAGGUGAAGUCUUUGAUUAAUAUUAAUUAUUAUCGUGAGACUUUAAUUAUCAA